UCAGAACAUCACAGACCGUCGACAUAUAAACACAACCGAAAUCUCCUAUCAUAGUGUACGGAGUGUAAAAUAUUGUUGAAGUAUUUUGAAAUUUAUUAAUUUAUUCGAAAAGGAGAUUUCAUUAAAUAAAAAUGGUUUACGAAAGUGACUUUUACACGACCCGUCGGCCCUACAGUCGUCCGGCUUUGUCUUCAUACUCCGUAACGAGUCCAAUCAGGAUAAUUCCAGGAAUUGCAAGGGUGCAUUCAGUGCCGUUUUAUUACGGCGGAUCUCCAUAUAGUCGAAUAAUAGUAUCGAGACCACUUUCAUUGUAUUCUUCAGAUUAUUCUUCAGACCUACCUCUCACCUACUCUACGGUUCACUCAGUGCCUCUCUAUGGAGCCCCCCUGGUACACAGAAGUGUCAUCGUUCAACGACCGGUGUCGGUGUACACACCAUCCCCGAUGUCCGUGGUUAUUCGCACCAGGCCAUCAGUCCUGGACCGCGAGUUCGACCGCAUUCAAAGGCGCGUCAGGCCCACCACCUACAAACCAGUAGAAGAUUUCUUAAACAGCAGCAGCACAUUGAUAAGAUCAAUGAGGCCAUUAUCCGAUGAUGAAGUGCUUCAAAAACAAUUUAUUGUAUCGAGACCAAUAUCUUUGUACCCCACAACCCGACAGCCGUUUGUAUCGGACUUUGACGAUGAAACAAGAAAAAUCCGAUCACAAGCAAACUCACUUUUGACUAGAAUACACACUCCCGUACAUAGACCAUUGAAAACGAUAUUUUUCAGUACCGCUGGAGGAUACGGAUCAAUAACUCCUUCUUACCCUCAUUUGGAGGAGGAAUUAUCCCACAUUUUCCAACCUCUGAGCAACUACCGCAAAAAUAUCGGACCUGGUCAUUUGGCAUGUGUAAGAUACGCAGGCGACAAGGCCUACAACAAGAGGAAAUCUUACUACCCAGAAAGUGGAAAAAUCCGUAAUGAUGUAAAUUUAUUAUCUUAUUACAUCCAAAAAAGGCCACUUCAACUCAAAGCCCUUGAACUCGAAUCGGCAAAAAUUUUGUGCCCAUUCCGUCCAUCAAGGAGAUUUGCCCAGCCUAAAAUGUUGGAAGACCCCAAGGCCGAGUUGAAGGAAUUCAAAUCUGCUCGUUUAGAGCGAUUCAAUGCCGCAAAUGCCAAACCAAGUUUCCUCGACGACGACGAUCUGGAUAAGGAGAAGAAGAAACGACAAGCUGAAGCUCGUCUUGCUGACGAAAAGGAAGAAGCUCGUCGCAAAGAACAAGCGAAACGCGAUGCCGAAGCAAAGGCUGCAGAAGCAGCGAAGAAAGAAGAAUUAGCAAAGGCGGCCGAAGCUGAACGUAAAAAGGCUGAGAAAGAAGCAGCCAAACAAGCCGAAGAGCAGGCUAAGAAAGAAGCUGAAGAAAAAGCUAAAAAAGAAGCCGAAGAAAAAGCUUUGAAGGAAGCGGAAGAAAAGGCCAAGAAAGAGGCCGAAGAAAAGGCUAAGAAGGAGGCAGAAGAAAAGGCCAAGCAAGAAGCAGAAGAAAAGGCAAGGCAAGAAGCUGAACAAAAGGCCAAAGAAGAAGCUGAAAGAAAAGCAAAAGAAGAAGCUGAGCAAAAAGCUAAGGAGGAAGCCGAACAAAAGGCUAGGGAAGAAGAAGAAAAGCGUAUCCGCGAAGAAGAAAUGGCACGGUUAGAUGAAAUCGCUCGUCAAGCUGAAGAGGAAAAAGAAGCCGAACUUGCACGUCAAGCAGCUGAAUUAGCUGAAAUUGCUCGUCUUGAACAAGAACUAGCAGACCAAGCUAAGAAAGAAGCAGAAGAAGAACAAGCUAAAAAAGAAUCAGAACAACACGAAAGCGAAGUAGAACAACCGGCUGAGGAACCCGUUGAAGAAUCACAUAACGAUGCUCCAGAAACUACUCAGGAAGAAGUUGCUGAGUCAGUUCCAGCUGAAAGCGAAGAACAUGUCGAAGAGCCUGAAGUAGAGAAACCAGUUGAAAGUGCACCAGAACCAGCUGAAGAGCAAACAGUAGCCGAGCCUGAAACCGCGACGUCGCCCGAACCUCCAGUAGAAUCAACAGUGGAAGAAAGUUGUGAGGAAGAGGAUGAAUAA